CAUCGAUGUCGCCAUCAUCAUAACAAACAUCCUCGUUCGGCUCACGCAACACACCGAGUCUAGCUCCUCGAAUAUGUCGUUCAUGGCCAAGCGCGGGCUGUGCAUAGCACUGCUACAGACCUUGCGAGUCGCUCAGGCCGAGAUUGUCAAGCUGCAACAGAUGCAGCACCAGAUCAACAGCUCGUCCACAUCUGGAGGCAGUGCACUUCCUUCGAACUCGGGCUCUCGUGCCGACGAGCUUGCCACAAACAUAUUUACCCUCCUGAUCAAGCUCUCUCGAUACGAUACAAAGUUUCCUCUGCUGGCACGGGUGCACUGUUCCGUCGAGAUCAUUAUCGAGUUUGUCCAGCGGUUUCAGGAGAAAAAGGACAUAUCGGCAAGCUUGAUGUCCUUUCACAUUUUGAAGUUACUCUCAGCAAAGAACGGUGUGUGUCAGGCACUGGUGGCAUGAUCUGCUCAGCAUAGCCUAUCCGCGGUCUGACU